AAGUGUUUUAAUAAUUGAGAAGUAUUCCAUUUGGAGCAGAUGCAGAUCUAAGUAAAGUUGGUGUGUCCCUUUCAUUUCAACCUUCCUCGGCCCAAGCCAACCCACAUUCAAUUCUAUUUCUUUUCCCCUUCCCUCAAAUUUACUAUCAUUAACAAACAUUUCUGCUUUCCCCUCCCAAAGAAAUGGCUGAUCCUGAAUCCCCGACUGCUAAUGACUCUACCGCACCAACGCCAACCCAAGUAGACGACAUCGCCGCCAAGCUUAGCAACCUCACCUUUAAAAUUUGGCCACCCACCCAACGAACACGUGACGCUGUCCUCAACCGUCUCGUGGAGACGCUGUCGUCCGAAUCCGUCCUUUCCAAACGCUAUGGAACGAUCGCUAUGGAGGAGGCUUACGCCGUGGCCAAGUUGAUCGAGGAGGAGGCUUUUUCGGUUGCCCAGGAAUCGUUUUCCACUGACGAGGACGGCAUCGAGAUUCUCCAGGUGUAUUCCAAGGAAAUCAGCAAGCGUAUGCUCGAUACUGUCAAAGCUCGAGCUGCCACUGACUCUGCUCCCUCAGGUUCGGCAGAGGCAGACUCGAAUAAAGUGGGAACUGCGGUUUCUGAGGAGAAUUCGUCCUUCUCGGUCAAGGACGAGGAUUGAGUUUGAACAUUCUCGUCUCUUUAGGGUCCUCUUUGUUGUUUAGCUUGAUAAACGGUAUUGCUAGGGUUUUAUUAGAUCUCGGACCAUUAAGUAUUGCGGGAUGCUUACUUGCUUGCUUAUAUAGCAUGAUAAUAAUAUUUGUCAGUAUCUUGCGUUUUUUUUUCUGUGUUUCCUGUAACCUUGAUGGAUCCUUGCUUUGUUCAUUGAUACAGUGAAAAAUGAAGGGUGCUUGAAUUGUUAUUCAUUGA